GAAAAAUUCCCAAAUUCUUCUCUAUGUAAAAAUCAGAUUCUUCAAUCACCUCAAAAUAAAUCCUUUUGCCGAAGUGUAUAUCAAUUUGCCGAUCGAAUUCGUGAAAAAAUGGGGUCGUCGUUUUCGUUAUUUUCAAAUUCCGCGCAGAGCCGGUCGCCGGAGACUGGGUUGGGCGACUUGCCGGAGGGCUGCGUGGCGUCGGUGCUUGUGCACUUAGAUCCGCCGCAGAUCUGCCGGCUGGCGAAGCUGAAUCGCGCUUUCCGAGGAGCGUCGACGGCGGAUUUCGUCUGGGGAUCGAAGCUGCCGCCGAAUUACGGCGACGUCGUCGAUAGGGUUUUUGGGAACGGCGAUGUUCCGGCGAAGAGUUUGUGUAAGAGAGAUGUUUACGCGGCGCUUUGUACGCCGAAUUCGAUCGACGGCGGCGCUAAGAAAGUUUGGAUGGAUAAGACCACAGGGAAGAUUUGUAUGCUCAUUUCAUCGAAUGGAUUGGCGAUCACCGGGAUCGAUGAUCGGCGAUAUUGGAGCCGGAUUCCGACUGAUGAAUCGAGGUUUCACUCGAUCGCGUAUCUCCAACAAAUAUGGUGGUUCGAAGUGGACGGCGAAAUCGAGUUCCCGUUUCCCGCGGGAUCCUACAGCCUCCUAUUCCGGCUACAUUUGGGCCGCUCGGACCGGAGAUUCGGGCGGCGCAUUUGCAACACGGAGCACGUCAACGGAUGGGACCGGAAACCCGUGAGAUUUCAGCUCUCGACAUCCGACGGCCAGCAAGCGACGAAGCAAUGCUACUUGAAGGAGCCGGGGAGGUGGGCCCAUUACCAUGCCGGCGAUUUUGUCGUCCCGAGUUCUUGCAAAUCGAUGAAGGUCAAGUUUUCGAUGACCCAAAUUGAUUGCACGCACCCGAAGGGCGGUCUUUGUGUAGAUUCGGUCGUGAUUUAUCCAAUCGAGUAUAGAGAGCGGUUGCGGCGCUAAAGAGUUUUUUAGGACGGCGCCAGCCGGAAUGUCGGGAAAGGUUGCCUCGAUUUUUUUUUAUGGGAACCGAUCUCUUUUGCGGUUAGAGGAAGUAGAGGACGAGUUUCGUGUCGAAUCUAUUCGGGAUUCUUGUGUUGUUGUUUUAGCGUAGUUUUAGGUGGUCGGAUGUCGGUGGCGCCGCCGUUGGAGGUGGUCGGAAGUUUGAGUGAUAGUUAAGAGUUUAGAGUAGCAGAGUGUUUUGAGGGACAGAGAUGUUAUGUAUUGAGUGUUAGCGUUGUGUUUUUGGUUGAUUAAUUAAUACUACCAAAAAGGAUCUUUUGGAUGUUACUUCACUAAAUGGUAAUAUUUGACAUUUUAAAUAUAAUUAAUUA